GCAUUAAUAAUCACAGUUAUCCUUCUCUCUCUCCUUCAAUUUUAGCACCAAACGAACUCUCAUCACUGCAACUUCUUAAAUCUGGAGAUGGAUUCCCAUUGACGAACUUUAAGUGAAGAGGAUGGUAGCAUUUUGUGGCGCUCUCUCCUUCUUCCCCUGCCUCUCCAACCCUGAUCGGAGAUCGAGUUUUUGCUUGAAAUUAGUGUUGGUGAUGCUGCACCUGACCUAUGUCGGUAUUCUAUUUGGUUUUGACAAAGAAUUGAUUCAAAAAACCAAACAAGGCCCCUGGUACACGGCAGUGUAUUUGCUGCUGCUUGUUGCUACACUGGCUAAAUACUUCGUCGUAUGUAGUUCUUCUCCUGGCUAUGUUCUUGAUGCAAUGAGGGCUAUGAAUGAGACAGAUGCAUCGCGUAAUAGGGAAACAAUUACCUCUAUACAGCCUGCUUCGAGCAAAAAUGGCAGUGUAGUUAUCACAAUCAACAGAAACCAGUUAGAAAAGAAUCUUCUAGGGAGUGGUACAACUUCCUGGGAAAAGCUAGUGAUGGAUAUGUAUCCUCCAGGAACAUCUGCUAGAAGUGUGACUUGCACUUACUGUAAUAUAGUGCAGCCUCCACGAGCUAAACACUGUCAUGAUUGUGACAAAUGCAUUCUCCAGUUUGAUCAUCACUGUGUUUGGCUUGGCUCAUGCGUAGGACAGGGUAACCAUUGCUGGUUUUGGUGGUAUCUUUGCUCGGAAACAGCCUUUUCUCUUUGGACUGGCACUUUAUAUAUUCAAUACUUGAUAUCUCACGUAUCAAAGCCAUGGUGGUCAUAUGCAAUUGUUUUCUUGCUGUUAGCUGUUUUGUCUAUUUGCCUCUUCUUUCUUAUUCUCCUCUUCAUAUUCCACAGCUAUCUUAUUUUGACAAAUCAGAUCACUUUUGAGGUUCUUAGAAAACGGCGCAUCCCCUAUAUGAGGAACAUUCCUGAAGGAGUUUUUCCCUUUAGUAAAGGAGCAUGCAGAAAUUCGUACGAGUUCUGCUGUGCCCGGAGCAGCAAGUACAGGAUGGAACCACUGCCAACAGCACUAGAACUUGAAGAGAAGUUGAGACCCUAUACAUACUCCGAUGUUUUAUCUUGUCGGUGUUGCUAAUGAUCACUUGUGCAAUAGACAUCAAAAUUUUCCAUCGAUUGUACCAGUAUGGAAAAUCUUGGUCAAGUAUUUGUUUGUGGUAUUGGUAUCAACAUCAUUGAAUGGUAAUCAUAGGUACAAUAUUUCACAUUUCUUUCAAG